CAAGACUUUAUACAAGCAAAUAAAAGUGAUCGCUUACUCCCGACGAUUUAUUGUCAAUCGUUUGUAGUUCGGUUUUGAAAUGAGAAAUUUUAUUAGUUCGAUAUCAAAAAAACAAUGUGUAUAAGGAAUAAAUAAGUUGAGUUUUACUUACUUUUGGUGUGCGGUUUAAAGAAAUAUUGUGUUUUAGAUGCACUUAAAUAACGAUUUGGCGAAUACACGUGAUAUGACCAAAUAACAGUCGCGGUUUUCACAAUCAAGUAUCUUCAAGUUGAUAUUAAUCAAUGAUUUAAAGAAUAUUUUGGAGAUCAGUGCAAUUUCGUUUGUAAUAGUUAAGCAUUCAAACCUUUUCGAAAGAACGGAGCGGAAUACGUACGUACUUAAACGUUCAAAACCACUUUUAAUAUACAGCAAUGGACAGGAAGCCAGCGACAGGAAUGAUGUUUAGUUACUUUCAAAAAAGUGCGUACCACGACAGCUGCAUCCCGGCUGAGCGGAAGGCGGUAGCGGCGGCCGCGGACACCGGAAAGACGUACCGGGAGGCCGAGUAUUCUAACUGUGACCAAGUGUCCCAGGAUACUAUCUGGAAGCAGGCCGUGGGUGCCGAGCGGAGGUGUCUUAAAAACUGGGACUCCAGCUGGGGAUUUCUCGCAGAAUUCGAUGCUCAGAUAAAAUCAGGAAAGCGAGGCAACCCUAAAGAAAAAGAACCACUUCCGGAAAAAUCCAAUCAGUUUUCCGAGAACGUUCCAAACACGAACUCGGGUAACUAUGGAAACCGCGUCAAUACAGAGCUGGGGGCCAGUAUGCAGCAAAUGGAGUACCAGUUUUACAGUGGCGGACGUCGGCGGAAGUUGGGGGCUGACAUGAUAUGUUACUAAGCCUUACAUUCCUUUUGCAUUUGUAUAUUUUUGUUGUUAGGUGUUAUUUUUUUCUACACUCGGGUCGAUGUUUUAAAUGCCUACAAAUGAGAUAAAAUGUCUGAAUACCCAUGAGUCGAUCAUGGUUUGUUCAGCAUUUGUAACUAAGAUCUGCUAAUAUCUAACAAACGCUUUCAUAAUCACCCUUACUGAAUGCAUCGUAGAUCGUGUCACAUACAUUUUAUUUAUAUAAUACUAGUACUUAUAAUACAUGCCUGGCAGAAUAUAAGAGAUAUAUACACGCUGAUAGUUGUAAUAUAAAUGUUAAUUGAAUCCCAAAUUCUACAACUUUGAUUUAUAGCAAGUCGUACAUAUGCAUAUUAAGUACACUGUUGUUGCGUUAUUUUAAUUAAAGCCUUAACAAUUGUGUACUUCUAAGUUGCUCUAUAGAUAAGCUUAUGCAAUUAUAAAAAUGCCUUGAACAAAUGCAACGAAAUGUAUGUUUACUGUAAGCCGUAUCCAGCUUCAAUUGGAAUUCAAUUGUUUUCUAUUACAUUAUGUCAGUAUGUAACAGAAUGUUACGCUUUCUGGUGUUCUAAAAACGGAGUUAUAAAUUAUUGAGCCUAUUGUUCAGAACUGUGUCAAAGUUAACAACCUGAUUAACGAGAUCAUUGUUCACGUUUAAUAUAUUUAAAUGAAACUAGUUUAGCUGAAAUAGUUGUCUAUAAUCUUGUCAGAAAAAAAACCCCAGCAGAUCACAAGUGCAUCCAUUAACCUUCCAUAGCAGUAACGACUUGGAAGUUAACAACGAUGAAGUUAACAAUAAUAUAAAAGAAAUGGACUAUAUAUCGACUAGAUACAUAUUCGUUAAGCUUCAAAUACACCAGUGGGCAUUAAAGUGGGGACAUAAUACACCAGUGGACAUUUAAGUGUGGACGUACUGAUUUGAACCUGACGAAAACUUAUGAUAUUUUGCAUUAAUCUCAAUGGCUAUUUAUUUAAACCUUAAAGCGUAUUUCUGGAAAUGUGUGUGUUAUAUAUGUUAAGUGUCAAGUUAAAAUCAACGCCUAUUUCUUUAAACCCUAAGCGUAUUUCCGGAAAUGUGUUUGUUAUAUGUGUUACGUGUCUAGUUAAUAUUUAUCAUUUAAAGAUAGUUGAUCUUUCCGUCCAUUUGCAUUUAUAGUUCUUGUUAGUUUACCUCACGUUGGAGAGUUUAGUCUAUUUGUAAUUGUUAUUGAAACCAGUCGUUUGAGAACAGCGAUUGUGUUUAGAAUUUUAAACAUUAUUUUGGUGUUGUUUUAUUCAUACUAACUUUACAAAUAAAAUAUACAACAUCUGUGAAAUUGA